AAAUGUAAUUGUUUUGAAACAUCGGUCGGAUGUGUGAACAAAAAUUUGGAUAGAGUUCCGAUUAUAGCGGCUGAGACCACAUCUCUGGACGUCAGACACAAUCGCAUUCAAAGUUUACGAUCCGGUCCUUUCAGACACCUCUCACUAUUGACCAAACUUUUUCUAAACAACAAUCAAAUCAGUGAAUUGGAAGAUCUGUUAUUUGCAGGACUCGCACGACUCGUUUAUUUGAACUUAAGCAACAAUCAGAUUAAAACAAUUGGCAAAAAUAGUUUCAAGAAUUUGCAUAAUUUAGAGAUUUUAAGCCUAAAUGAUAAUAAGAUUGAAAUAAUUUCUGAAUUGGUUUUGACUGACUUACCAUCUCUUAAGAAAAUGUCAGUUUACUUGCAAUGCAUUUCUUUAAUUAAUAUAGAAAAUAAUAAUCUAAUUUGUAAUUGUAAUCUCUUAUGGUUAAAGAGAUUCAGUACAAGAAUACAUGAAUUUGAGGCCACUUGUCAUUCGCCCCAAAAAUUGAAAAACAAAAAGUUUUUUCAAAUAUCUUUGGAUGAGUUUGAAUGCAAUUCAACGCAGAUAUCAACUGAUUUGAAACCAAUGAGAAAUGAUUUGAUUUUGAAUGAGAGGCAAAAUUUGGUAGAAUUAUCACAAAAUUUAAACGAUAGAGAAUUAGUAAAAACGAAAAUAUUAAAGCCAUUUGGAAGUGAUUUAUCACUUCAUUGUUCUGAUUAUGAAAAUAUUUUUUGGAUAAAAAACGAGUCGAAAAUUCAAUUUCCUAACCAAUCAAAUCGUCUCAAUAUUGGAAAUAAUGGUUCACUUCUUAUCAAUAAACUAUUGCCAACCGAUUCUGGGAUUUAUAAAUGUGUCAAUGAAUUCAAUAAAAUUUACAAAAUAUAUUCUAUUGAUGUUUUGGUUACUUCAAAUCAAAUAAAUACAAUAUACACUUUACUGUACAGUUAUACUGUACCCCCAGUUUUCGUUGAGACACCAGAAUCGGUGAUUGAAACCCAAACCGGAGAUACAAUCAAAUUAAAAUGUUUUGCCACCGGUUUUCCCGAACCCUCAAUAAUAUGGACGCGAAGACACAAAACAAACUUUAAAGUCAAUAACAAUGAAUUGAAAAUUAAAGAUAUUAAACCCACUGAUGAAGACAUAUACGAAUGUAUGGCUAAUAAUAGUUUAGGCGUUGCCGUCAAAGAAGUGAAUGUGAAGGUAAGGGGUGGAAGCAAUCAACUAAUUGACACUCACUUGGAAUCACAUGACAUUCUGGAAGCAUUUCAAGAAGCAAAAGAAAUAGUGGAUCAGGCAAUCAAUCAAACAUUGCAUACAAUUAGGGAUAAAAAAUAUCGAUUAGAAAACCCGUCAAAACUCAGAUCAAUCGCUAGAUUUCCUCUUUCGCCAGAAUCUAUAGAAUUUGCAAAAUCUAUAGAAAUGUAUGAAAAAACACUUGAAAUCAUAAGACGGAAAGCGGAAGAGAAGACAAAACUGCCAACAAUUCAAUUUAAAUAUGCAGAUCUUUUAUCGCCAAAUCAGUUGAAUAUUUUGGCCCAUUUGUCGGGAUGUCUUGUCGGACAUCGUUUUCAUAAUUCUUACCAAACAAAUAGGUGUAGAGAAGAGUGCACUCAUCAAACUUAUCGCAGUUAUGAUGGCGUUUGCAAUAAUCUUGAGAACCAGUUAUGGGGCGCUUCUCUGACACCUUUCCGGCGACUCAUUGAUCCGCAAUACGAAGACGGCAUUCAUUUGCCGAUCGGUUGGUUCGCCGAUAAAAAAUACAAUGGAUUCGCGAAACCAAAUGCUAGAAAAGUUAGCCAACAAUUGUUGAGCGCAAAAAAAGUUAGUGAAGACGUGAAGCACUCGCAUAUGUUGAUGCAAUUCGGACAGUUCCUCGAUCACGACAUCGACUUCGCUAUGCCUUCCGUUAGUUUUAAUGCAUUCAACAGAGAAUUACUGGAUUGCAGUAAAACAUGUUCACCAAUUCAUCCCUGUUUUUCAAUACAAAUACCAAUUGACGACAUUAGGAGAAAUGUAACCAAAAAAAGACAUACAUUUAAUCAAAACUGUAUAGAAUUGAUUCGAUCGAGCGCUUCGUGUGGAAGUGGACUGACAUCGGUAGCGAUGGGCACUUUGAUGCCUCGGGAACAGGUGAACCAAUUGACUUCAUUCAUUGAUGGCUCUAAUGUUUAUGGCAGUACAUCGAGUCUCGCCAAUGAGUUGAGGGACAAAAUUGGAAGAGAUGUCGGACUAAUGCGCUCAAAGAUAAUCAAUGGAAAGCAAUAUUUGCCUCAAAACGAGGCUCGACUGCCCAAUGACUGCCAACAGGACCCCAAACGGUCAGACUUUGAUUGCUUUUUAGCCGGAGAUUUCAGAGCUAACGAACAGUUGGGUCUCUUAACUAUGCACACACUUUGGCUCAGAGAACACAAUCGCAUCGCUAAACAGUUGUCUGCAUUAAAUAGUGUUUGGAGUGGAGAACAAGUUUAUCAGGAAAGCAGAAAAAUUGUUGGAUCACAGCUGCAGGUCUCACUUCUCAUCACAAUUUACAUUAUAUUUAACUACAAUUAUUUCAUUACUUUCUACCAUUGGUUGCCUCACAUCUUGGGCCCAAACGGAAUGUCAAAACUGGGCGAAUAUAAAGGAUAUGAUAAUAAAGUGAAUCCAUCGGUGGCUAAUGUGUUCGCAACGGCAGCGCUAAGAUUUGGUCACACUUUGAUUAAUCCUUUCUUA